AGACCGGCGCAUGCGCUCCGCAAUCGCACGUUGUCCCACAUGUUGUUGACAUUUGAGGUUAAAAUAUUUCACGAAGUCCCGCAGUUCAUCAAAUCCACAGUUAAAUACAUAAAGUGAAAAAUGAAUAAAUAAAUCAUGAAGUCCCGGAAAUCGAGUAAAGUCAAAAAGCCCGUGAUCCACAAAACUCGUAAAGAGAAACGAAAGGAGAAACGUAAAGAAAAGAAGAUCCACCGAGCCCAGUAUCACGGACAGAAGAAGCGGGUGCCAGGGCAAUUUGUCCGAAAGCCUGAGGCCACCGAAGAUGAUCCUCCAGCGGUUAAAGCCCCAAAAAAUAUCGAUAACAUCAGACUCCAGCAGGAGAAGGAGAAAAAACACCAGAGGAUUGCCCUGGAAAACGUGAAGAAGCGAAAAAAUCAGUUGUUGAGAGACAAUGAAGAGGAGGAUCGGAUGAUCCAUCAGAUGGAGAAGAAGUUGAAACUCAACAAACGCAAGAGCAAAAGCACCCCGAAGUCAUUCGCCGUGGAUGGACUGGACUAUUUGCUGGACUUUUGCAACGAUGAGGACAGAAAAUUAGCUGUUGAAACCGAGAAGCAAAUGCUGGGCGAGGACGCAGACUCGGAUUUCGAAGAGGAUCUAGCUAUGGUGACAGGUAAAGAGAAAGCGAAAACAUCGAAAGAAUCCCCUGAUGAUGAUCUACAUUCAGAAAGUGAAAUGGAAGAACAAUCUCUGGAUUCUGAUGAAGAAAUCGGAGCUUCUGACGACGAACAUUCAGAUUCCGAUGGUGAUGAUGAUGAUGAUGAUGAUGAUGAUGAUGAGGGAAUAAAUUCUGAAGCCAAAUCGAACGGAUCGUCAAGAGAAGUAGUUGACGAAGAUGACGAUGAAGUUGAGGAUAAUGAUGAAGUUGAGGAUGAGGACGACAGCUCCUCCCCAAAAACCUCUGCUAAUUCCCAAUGGGAAGAUAUUUACGGUCGGAAACGGGACAAAUCCGGAAAUAUUCUCCCCACAACGGAGAAAUACAUCCCCCCAGCAGCGCGUUUGAAGAACCUGGAGCAGUCUCUCGAGGAAAAAGAGAAGAUACAGCGACUCCACAAGCAGCUUAAGGGUCUCAUAAAUCGUCUGGCCGAGCACAACAUGCACACGAUCUCCAACGAAAUUGAUCAGCUCUACAUGUCAAACAGCAGAAACAACAUGAACGAGGUCCUCUUCAAGCUGAUGACAGAGUCAAUCGUAUCCCCAGUAAUAACCCCAGACCGCCUCAUCGCCGAGCACAUGAUGCUGAUAGCAAUUCUCCAUGCAAACGUGGGCACCGAGGUGGGAGCCCACUUUCUGCUGUCGUUGAUCAGAAAGUUUGACGAGUUGAUGGGGACACAUCAAGAGGUGGAAGACAAACAGCUGGACAACGUGAUUCUCAUGAUAUCUCAUCUCUACAAUUUCAAAGUCUUUGGAUGCAAAUUAUUGUACGAAGUGCUGGAGAAACUAGCUGAGAAGUUCACGGAGAAGGAGAUCGAACUCAUUCUAAUAGUCCUAAAGACUGUGGGCUUUCUGCUGAGGAAGGACGACCCUCUGGCCCUCAAGGAACUAGUCGUCAAGCUCCAGCAGAAGGCUGCAGCGGUUAAAUCAUCCAACUCCAGGAUUCAGUUCAUGCUGGACAUUUUGUUAGCAAUUAAAAAUAAUAAUAUGAACAAAAUUCCCCAGUACGAUCCUUCGCACGUGGAGCAUCUGAAGAAACUUCUCAAGACUUUUUUGAGAAAGGGAAACGUUGUUACUCAAUUUAAUAUCUCUCUCGACGAUCUUCUGAAGGUGGAUGAGAGGGGCAAGUGGUGGAUUGUGGGAUCUGCCUGGACGGGAAAUCUUGACUCGACGAAGUCUAAGCUUAAAAGUAGUUCUGGGGAAACUAUGUACAGCCAAAAAAUUCUGGAUCUCGCCAGGAAGCAGAGGAUGAACACUGAUGUCAGGAGAAAUAUCUUUUGUAUUUUGAUGACGGCUGAAGAUUAUAUGGACGCUUUUGAGAAGAUCCAUCAUUUGGGGCUCAAGGAUCAACAGGCGAGGGAGAUUAUUCACGUUCUUAUGGACUGCUGCCUGCAGGAGAAGGUUUUCAAUCCUUAUUAUGCUGUCCUAGCGCAGAAGUUCUGCGAUUUCGACAGGAAAAAUCAGAUGACGUUACAAUAUUCACUGUGGGAUAAAUUGAAGGCCUUGGAUGACUAUUCAAACAUUCAGUUGAGGAAUCUAGCAAAAUUCUUGAGCCAUCUGUUCCUGGAAAAAGGCCUCCCACUGUCGGUUCUAAAAGUCGUGGAGUUUGGAGAACUGGACAAGCCCACCUUGAGACUGAUAAGACAAAUAAUGCUGUGUUUACUUCUCCAUGAGAACGACGAGGAGUGCCUCCAGGUGUUCCAACGGAUUUCGGUCCCGACUCAGUUGCAGACGUUCAGGGAAGGACUGAGGCUCUUCAUCAGCCAUUUUAUGCUGAAAAAUGCAAGUGAGAAACCGCUUUCUGGGGAGCAAUUGGAGAGGCUGACGAGCCGGGCCGGGUUAGUGGAUAAAAUUCUUCUAUCUCGUGGCAUGAGAACAACUCUCUGAAUCAAUUCAGAGGACAUAUUUUUAUAAUAGAAUGUGUUGAUAUGAAGUCAUGGUUGAUUUAGUUACUUCAAUGACAUGUUUCAUUGGAGAAAAGAAAAUUGUUAUUUUCAUUUUAUAGAAAAAACAAAGUUUUAUUUAAAAAGGCA